AUGAGCGGCGCUACCGAGGGAUCUGCCCCUAACUCCGGCCAGGGCGGUAUAGAUACUCCUAGUAGCUUAUCGAGCCAAAAGCGGUCGCGCGACUAUGCAGAGCAGCUAAAGGGCUUAUCCCCAUCUGAUGAUGAAGAUCAUCAGAAGGAUACUUCGUUACCAGCAUUGAAGAAACAGAAAACGGGCAAUUCCGAUAGUGGUGAUGACUCAGAUUUGGACGACGGCGAAAUAGUAGAGUCGAGUCCAAAUCCUAGUCCAGCACAUGCCCAACCUAUCACCGAGCCUUCCGAGGAUGGUGAGAUUGACAGCCCCAUGGCUAAGCCUCAGGAGUCUGAUGAAUCGGACCAAACUUUCUUCAUUGACAAGACCGGGAGCAAGCCUGUUCAACAUUCAGGCUGGAACCAAGGGCUCAGUCUAGGUGCAAGAACGUCAUUUGGGAAGCCAGCCGCACACCUAUUUCCUCCAAACUCAGCUGCCAGAGAAGAUGAUGACGACGAGAGGGAUAGAGACUAUAGACCACCAACUGAAUCGCCUGAGGAUCAGUCGCCCGUGGGAUUUAUCGUCGACGGAUACACAUGGUAUCUGCCUCAUCUGAAUUUUCGAGCCAAGAAGCAUUCUGCUCAUACGGCCGACUUCUUCAACGACAGAAUCCAGACCUGGAUUCUUGCAUUUCUCGAGAGGAAUGCGAAGGGAGUUGACCGCGUAUCUACCAAAGUGGUCCGAGAAGGAUUCACUAACCAUCUAAACCUCAAAAGAGCGAAUCUUUUCAAGGGCGCUAAAAAGUAUGCUGACGCUGCUACAAGUGCGGCACAAGAGGCCAUAGAUGAUGCUAGCCUUGGGGAGCUAGCUACUUCGGCCAAUGAACCCAGUCAAGAAGAUACUACCCCCGUUACAGAUAAACGAGAGGAAGUAUUAGGCGACGAAGACGAACUGCGACAACAGCGAAGGUAUUUUCCGUGGGCAGAAGAUCCAGCUCAGCACUGUCUGUCAUGCUCCGGAAUUGGGCAUCAUGCUCACGAAUGUCCACAACGUAACUGUAAAUUCUGUGGGAGCCAGGAACAUGCUUUGUUCGGCUGUCCCACAAAACAGAGGUGUUCCAAAUGCCGCCAACUAGGACAUAGCAGCGCAAGCUGUGAGGAAAAACUUGCCCUCGCGUCGGAUGAGCAAGGCGGUUGUGCAAUAUGCGGCGCCGGGCACGCAGAAGAAUGGUGCUCUGAAAUAUGGAGGAGCUUCGCUCCAACGACUGAUUCUCACCCGAAGGUCAAGGAUGUCCCGGCUUUCUGCUACACUUGCGGCGGCGAAGGCCAUUACGGGCCAGAGUGUGGAUUACCAGAUAGGGGAGAUAAGGUGACAGGAAAGACGACGUGGUCGCAAGCUAAUCGCCUUCUUUACAUAGACCAGAAUAGCCAGAAUACUGCUAUCGCUUGGGUCGGCGUGGACCGGAAAGAAGAUUUCCACAUUCUUGGAAGGGCAAGAAAGCAGAUACAUACUCACUUCAUCUCUAGUGACGAGUCAGAAGAAGAGCUUGUUCAUGCGCCUAUCAGAAAGUCAGAGACUCGAAGUCAGAUCAGGAUAGCAAGCAAUAUCGGAUCCUUAGGACAAAGUAGCAACCGCACCCGAUCGCGUCGCAAUAACGACCAGAGUUAUAGACGUCAGAACGAGAGAGAGUUCUCGCCUCCGCCACCACCCUCGUACUCUCAAGGCAACGGUAACUCGUCUUGGCAACCACCUCUCCCGCCAGGACCGCCACCACCCUCCCAGAGGAAUGGAUAUCAGGGUUCAUUGCCAUCUGCGCCUACAUCUCUACCUCCGCGUCCGCCAGCAUUCAAUCAGUCGCCCAGUAGAGGCGGUUCAGGCGGUAGGGGUGGUCAUUUCAAUCGGGGUGGUCGAGGUGGCCGCGGCCGCGGAAGGGGUAGAGGACGAGGAUAA